GCUAUCCGAAAAUUUAAUUUCUUUAAUUAGUUAAUGAGAAAAUAGUUAUCUCAGCAUUAAUUGAACCAAAAAUUGUUGGAACAAUAAUAAAAUGAAAUGUAUAACUCCCGGCCACUCACAUGACUGAAUACAUACCUCCGGUGACCAAAUUUAAGUUUUAAAGCUCAACAAUAUAAGUCCAUAAAAAGUCAAAGGGGCACUUCAUUUUCAAGGAUACCCACCGAGAUUAUUGAGUAAAGUUUCGAUUUUGAUUAUGUCUUGAGAAUAUAUUGGGUUAGAGAAAAAAUGUUUCUGUAUAGUAGGCGGUUGUUGCAUACACUGUCUCGCGAUGCUCCCACGGAAACACUGAAGAGAAGGGUUGCUGAAUUGGGGAAAAAUAAAAGGAAAAAGAGGAAUUUAAAGAAGGAUGAUGUGUUUGUGGAGGUUCCGGAAUCGAAAUCGUUUCUUGACACAGCAACUUUGCCGAUGUAUCUCGUCGUUGUUGGUACUGCAUUGUUCACAAAGCUCCUCAUGAUGUAUGAUGAUUCGAAAUCCCAAGAAACGAUUGAACGGAAAAUACAAAAUGCUCCGCCUGGUCAAGGAACAGUUAGGAUGCUUACACGUGAGGAGUGGGAGGAAUUUAGAGAGGUGAGGCCAAGGACUCCUUUUGAAUCCAAGCUUGCUCGUCCACAUGCAAGAAUAAGAAAUGGAGAACCAAUGCAUAUGCAAGAUGUGAAGGACUGGACAAUUGACGUGCUCACAGGUGCACUCACGCGUGUUGAAGAAAGUGUUAAAAGCAAGUCAUGACUAAUCGUGCUGGAAAAAGUCCGCAACUUUUUGAAUACUAUCAUACAUGCAUAAAAUUGUUUCUGCACAUUAGCACAUAGGUGAAAGGAUGUGAAGAAAAUCAGUAGACAACCCUAUUAUUUAGUAUGUGCAGAAACAUUUUUACUACUCUGCCUCUCUCUAUUACAUAAGCAUAUCCUGAAACAAAGUCGAACACAAUUAUUAAUCGUGUUCUUGUCUAGCUGAUACGAUAGUCUAUUAUUGUUUGCUUUCAUUUUGAAUUUAUUUAUUAUGUUCUACAAUGAAAAAUAAAAUAAGGUUCGGCAUGGUCCUAUAAAAUGAAACAUUUUCCGAA